CAUAUACUUUUAUACCUGUACUUCAGAAUCUAUUUUUUAUUCAUACAGAAGAUUAAAAACGAAGAUGAAUUUAUCCGAGGACGACUCAAGCGGCGAAGACAGCCCUGUUCCUGGGAAAAGGAGCCGACUCGAUACAUACGGAGCUUCGUCUACUAAUUCUGUUUUACAAGAAUCAGAUGAAGAUUCACCUGCAUCGUAUGGAGAUAGCUACACUCCAGACAAUGUAAGGGCAGGACAGUCAAAUUUUAAAUAUGGUGAAGACGUUUCGAAAGGCAUGUAUAGAGAGAGCAGAAGUAGCCUCAGUGAAAACUGCUCCUCACCAAACUAUUCAAAUGAUGAUUAUGGAACUGUAUACAAUAAUAAGGAUCAUGAGGAUGACACAGAUAAUGACUCCUAUCAAAUAACCAAUGACACCUCAUAUUAUAAUCGAACUGAAACUACUUCACAGUCAGACAACAAUACUGGCCAAUAUUCAGAAUUUUCUAAAAAGAUGAUGGCAAACAUGGGUUACAAACCUGGCAAGGGUUUGGGUAAAUAUGAACAUGGAAGGGUUGAGCCGGUUGAGGCAUCAAAACAAAAAGGCAGAAGAGGAUUAGGUGCAAAACCUUCUGUUGUGGGAGAGAUACCAACAGAUUUGAAGUUCAGUCAAGAUCUUUCUGCCCCAAUAGCAAGAGAAAAAGCAUAUCCAUUGCCGUUCAACAAUGAGGAACCAUUGAGUGAUACAAUAUUGGAAGAGUGGUUGAGGCAAGGCCCCCAAAAACUAACUAUAGAUGAUGAAACUAACUUUGUAGACCCAAAAAUUCUAAAAGGUGUAAUAAAUGCUAAGUCCAUAUUUGACAAUUUACAAGAUGAAGAUAUGAGGAAAGCUAGAUUCCGUAGUAACCCUUACGAAACUAUUGGUUCUGUGAUAUUUCUGAACAGAGCUGCAGUAAAGAUGGCAAAUAUAGAUGCCAUAUUUGACUACAUGUUCACUUUACCAAAAAAUAGACAUGGCCAGCCCAUAGUGGGCGAGAAGGACCUUUUGUACUUUGCUGAUGUUUGUGCAGGCCCUGGAGGGUUUUCCGAAUAUGUUUUAUACAGGAAGGGAUGGAGAGCAAAAGGUUUUGGAUUUACUCUCAAAGGUCCAAACGACUUUAAACUAGGCGAUUUCCAUGCUGGACCUCCAGAAACGUUUAAUCCAUAUUACGGGAAAAACAAUGACGGUAAUAUUUUCGACCCAGUCAAUUUGAUGUCUCUCAAGGAAUAUGUUUUGAAACAAACAGACGAUUUGGGUGUUCAUUUCCUGAUGGCUGAUGGGGGUUUCUCAGUUGAAGGUCAAGAAAAUAUUCAAGAGAUUUUGUCAAAACAAUUGUAUCUUUGUCAAUGUUUGGCUGCACUUAUGCUCGUCAGAACGGGAGGCAAUUUCGUCGUCAAACUGUUUGAUGUAUUCACACCAUUUAGUGUUGGACUUGUUUAUUUGAUGUAUCAAUGUUUUGGACAAGUGUACAUACAUAAACCUGUGACUUCAAGACCAGCAAACUCGGAGAGAUAUCUAGUUUGUUUUUGGAAAAAGUCAGGUGUUGAUGCAAUAGAGAAGCACUUGUUUUCCGUCAACUCUAUGAUGUGGAAGAAUCGAGGCAAGAACGAAGAUAUUACUGAACUAGUACCAGUGUCAGUUUUAAAGGAAGACAAAGUAUUCUAUGAUUACAUCUACACUAGCAACUGCAAAAUUGGCGAAAAGCAGAUAGAAAACUUACUUAAAAUAGCAGAAUAUAGUAAAAAUGAAUCACUAAAAGAUGAACAUCAAACUAGUAUGAAAAUUGAGUGUCUAAAAAUUUGGAAUUUACCAAAUGAAGUUAGAGUUAAAUCGAAGAGUUUAAGCCCUGAUGAAACACUCACCUAUAUAAUCAAUCACAUAGAUAAUCAUUCAAUAAGAAAAAUGAAUGUUGCCUCAUUCAAAAGUAACAUUCUGAAUAAACAACCACAGUAUAUUGAGGCAAAACCCGAUGUUAAUGUAUUUGAAAACAUAUAUGAUUGGCAUUUUACUUUUCUGAGUUCCAAUAAAGAAGGUCCAGACCUUAAGCUAUUCAUGGGAUGUGGCGGGAAAAAAGUUUUCAAAUUGGAUGGAAACAUUUGGAAGAGUGUAGCCGAUUUACAAGCAAUUAUGCCAGCUAAAACACUGGUUUAUGGAGAGGUUGUUAAAGAGUUUAGUGGAGAAGGAAUGGCUCAAAAGCACAGUAAAGCGCUACACAUAAUCGACGCUUUGUUUCUCGGUGGCAUUGACAUAUCCAACGAAUCUCUAACUGACAGAAUUAACCAGUGUGAGCUGUUCUGUAAAGCAUUAGAAAAAGACAAAAGUCAUCCACAAUCAUUACCAAUAAGAUUUAAAAAGUUUUAUAGUAUGGAAACAUUUAGUCACAGUGUUGCAAAUUUAGAAUUUCGUGCUAUGAAGAACAUUAGAAGAGCUUUAACUAUAAACAUUCCUAGACGAAUCAAUGCAGACGAUAAGUUUUUUAUAGUGGGCUCCAUACUUUUUAUAAAAGAAUUAAAAGUUCCUUGGAUUGCUCAAUUUUCAAGAACUCAUAACACCAAAUAUUACUAUGGAAAAGACAGGGAUGGAAAAAUACAGAGCCUAUUUCAUUUACCGCAGGAAGGAAAGCUGGACAUGGCUAGUUCAUAUGAAAGAAGAGUUAUGUGGCCAUGGGGUGAUGCAACUAAUGCGAUAUUUGAUGGAAAAACAAAUUCAUAUUUAUCAAGAAUAGAUAUGGAACAGGUGGAAAAAUAUCGUCCCUCAAAGUUAGACGACUUGGUUUCUCAUGAUGAUAUUAUCAAAACAAUUGGGCAGUUUAUGCAAGAAAAUCAAUUACCACAUUUACUGUUUUACGGACCACCGGGAACGGGGAAGACAUCCACAAUCCUUGCCUGUGCCAAACAAAUGUAUACACCACAACAGUUCAACUCCAUGGUCCUGGAGCUGAAUGCAUCUGAUGAUAGAGGGAUAGGUAUAGUCCGAGGACAAAUACUGAGUUUUGCUUCAACACGGACAAUAUUCAAGGCUGGACCCAAGUUAAUUAUUCUAGAUGAAGCUGAUGCAAUGACCAAUGAUGCCCAGAAUGCACUCAGAAGAAUAAUCGAGAAGUACACGGACAACGUGCGGUUCUGCAUAAUCUGCAACUACCUGGGCAAGAUCAUCCCGGCGCUGCAGUCGCGCUGCACGCGGUUCCGGUUCGCGCCGCUCCAGCAGGCGCAGAUCGUGCCGCGACUUAGGGAUAUCAUAGAGAAGGAGAAUGUGAAGAUAACCGAGGAUGGCAUCAAGGCCCUGCUCACGUUAGGCGGCGGCGACAUGCGGCGCGUGCUCAACAUGCUGCAGUCGACGUGGCUGGCGUACCGUGACGUCACCGAGCGUACAGUGUACACGUGCGUCGGGCACCCGCAGCGGGCGGACAUCAGCGCCAUACUCAACUGGCUGCUCAAUGAGAACGACUUUGCGGCGUGCUUUAAACAUAUUCAAGAUUUGAAAAUUGCAAAAGGAUUAGCACUCAAUGAUAUCCUCACUGAAAUACACACAAUCAUACAUAGAGUGAAAUUCCCGCCGGAAGUGCUAAUAACGUUGCUAAUCAAGAUGUCGGACUCGGAGGCGCGGCUAGCGAGCGGCUGCAGCGAGCGCAUCGAGUUGGCCGCGCUCAUCGCCGCGUUUGUCGACGCCCGGGAACAUAUCAACAUCGCUGAACUCACUGCCUAGUAUGCCGGUACGAGUUUACUUACUACCUAAUACAGUAGUAUGAGUUGACUUACUACCUAAUUCUCAGGACUUUAUUUUAGUAAGGGCGCUCGUAGCUCUAAUGCGCCGAUACCGAAUAGUUAAACUACCUAAAUACACCGGUACGACUUAAAAUACACCAGUAACCUUACCUAGAUAAGAAUUAAGGGCUAUUAAACUGAAAUUCGCUGCGAUAUACUGGUAAUAUUACGUCCAUAAGAGCUAUAGAAUUUUGUUCUGAACCUUAUCAAUCCUAUCUUGUCCCACAGUCCCCUAAAUGUCAUGUCAAUUGUUAAAGCGGCGUUAUAAACAUAAAGGGCAAUAACAAUUUACAACAGGUCAUUUAAAUCAUUGUCUUAUGUAACGAAUCUUGUAGUUAUAUUGUGAUAUUAUU